AUGCCCCUAGAGGCUCUAAAAGCUGCCCGGGAGCUCGUUUUUUUUCCUGCUGCUGGCGCUCCAGCUUCGACUGUCGAGAGUCUCGCCCAGUCGGGCCAGAUCAAGACCGACGCUACGGCCACCGGGAUGCACGGGAGGGUGGUGGGUUUGGGGAGGGCUACGGGGGCAUCUUCGGAAGACGGGGUGUGCGGGCAGGCGGUGGCAGAGCAUUGUAAGGAGAGGAAGGAGGGUAGCGAGGCGAAGGGUCUCUCGGAGGAGGACGUGGGGGAUGGUUUCGACGCAGGGCCGGGGGAGGAAUUGUCGAGGGCGGUGACGGAGCAGGAUGUCGAAGGUGACGGCGAUAGUACCGUGGGACUGAAGAGGGAGAAGGGCGCUGACCCUGACUCGGUGGCACCUCGUCAAGCCGGAAAGUUGCUCAAGACGGAACAAGGCAAAUCCUCUCGCUCGCAAACAAGAGAAUCACAAUCGGGGGUCAGCUACCUAGAGACGAUACAGGUGCAAUUUUUGCAAAGAAAAGUGAUCCAGCCGGUAUUUGAACUCGUCGUGAUUCAACAGCUUCAUGUGUCGACCAAAGACCUCCAGUGCUCGUCAUUGACGCUCAGCGAGGCGUGCCGGCGCGCACCGACUUUGGUGGUAGUGGUUGGUAGAGGCUAUCUGCCACUCGAACGCCUGGCUGGCUGCAAGAAGAACCACGAGGCCGGAGUGCCCCCGGCUACGGCCGGCAACAUGAUGACCGGGCCGGGCCUCAUACCGGAGUCAAAAAGGUUACCUCGAAUCCUUCCGCGCGGUCUGGUGUGUUGA